AUGACGGCCCUACGUUCCCGUGUCACCUUCCCGCAUUGUUGCCGCCUCGUGCACGUACGAUGUCAUCAUCCCGUCGCGUUCGUGUUCGCCUUCGCCGUUUCAGUUUCGAUUAACGAAGGCGCACGCGUCCUAAACAUGUUCGACAACGUCGCCAUUUUAUUAACAACGCGCGGCGCUUUGGGCGUCGGGCUUUCGCCGUCGAUUAGCGAUGCGACGCGUAUUGUUUCGAUAGCGACGAUAUCGGGAUUGGCAUGUGCGCCGCGUAAAGGGGCUACGUGUCGCGAAUACAAUGCC